GUCGAACCUUAUCUCCUGAUCCAAGUCUGUCACGUUAUGAUGACUCGCCUGCUCUCAGAUCUCUUUCUAUUUGUAUGUACGUUGCUGCCAUUGAGAACCUAGUUCCCAAGCUAAAAUAGCAUGGGUGGGUUUGAUGCUUACAAGCCUGCUAUGGGAAUGGUUGGUUUACAGUUCAUUUAUGCAGGGGUGGCUCUAUUUACUAGAGCUGCUCUUGUACGAGGACUGAGUCCCAAGGUCUUUGUAGUCUACAGGCAAGGCAUAGCAACUUUGAUCAUGGCUCCUCUAGCUUAUGUUUCGAGGAGAAGAAGUUCAAGUGGGUUCUCUUUGGGAUUAAGGAGUUUUGCUUGGAUAUUUGCUGCCUCCCUUUUGGGGGUAACUGCCAAUCAAAACGCUUAUUUUGAAGGCCUCUACUUAUCCUCUUCGACUGCAGCAAGUGCCUUGACUAAUCUCAUGCCUGCAAUCACUUUUGUAAUGGCAGCCAUUUCCGGAUUGGAGAAAGUUAAUAUACGAAGCCUGAGAACUAUUUCCAAGAUUCUUGGAACAGUAAUCUGCGUAAGUGGAGCCAUUGCCAUGGCAUUACUCAAAGGUCCUAGGCUGUUAAACACAGAAUUGUUACCAUCAGAAUCCUUUUUUAGCCCUGGAAGCGACAAUUGGCUAUUGGGGUGUCUAUUUCUGUUUGGAAGCAGUUGUUUCUGGUCACUAUGGAUGGUCUUGCAGGUACCUAUUUCAGCAAGUUGUCCUGACCACUUAUAUUCUUCUGCAUGGAUGUGUUUCCUCGCAUCAUUGCAAUCAUCACUGAUUGCAUUAUUCGCGGAAAAGGAUCUUACUUCUUGGAAGCUGAUUACUCAUCUUGAAAUUGCUUCCUGUUUGUAUGCGGGAAUUGGACUGGCUGUGUCUUUCUUUGUCCAAGCCUGGGUAAUUUCUCAGAGAGGUCCCCUCUUCUCUGCAAUGUUCAAUCCUCUAUGCACAGUUAUUGUUGGCAUUUUUUCUGCUGUAGUUCUACAUGAGGAGACAUACGCUGGAAGUUUGAUUGGUGCUUUAGCUGUGAUAAUUGGUUUGUAUGCUGUGCUAUGGGGUAAAGCCAAAGACCUUGAUGAGAUUAAAAAUGAGAUGCGUCCGCAGCUGCAAAAUGAUCAGUCACCUUUGCAAUUCUUAAUAGAUGAGUAUCCAGAGAAGAAGAAUAGCAAAGCUGAUUUGGAAGCACCACUUCUUUCUCACAAAUCAAAGGAUGUUAAUGAAAGCAAUAUGAUUUCUUAAUUUCUAAAGGAAAUUGACAGUUGUGUGUGACUGCAGACGUUAGAGAAGAGUGCAAGAGCAUUAGUUGCCUUCAAGUGGGACGCAAAAAGCCUGUUAAAAUAAAAUUCAUUGGCAAUUUUUAUACUCUUAAAGAGUCACAGAAUUUAGACAAAAUGCUACGGGUUAGAAAAUAAUAUAUAAAUAAUAUCUUAGAACCUUAUCUAAUAA